AUGGCGGCGGUGUGUGGGCGCUGCUGCUCGGCCGGCUGGAGGCCGCUGCUGGCCCGCUGGCCCCGGGGCCGCGCCGCCUACCACAGCGAGCGCGGCGUCUACGGCUACAAGCCCGGCCGGCCGGCCCAGGAGCCCCGCGGGAGCGCCCAGCGAGCCCAGCCCUGGAGGCCGGCAGCUGACCAUGGACUAGCUCGUUUAGUGACGGCGUAUCACGAACAUGGACACAAAGCUGCGAAAAUCAAUCCUCUCUUUACUGGCCAGGCUGUGAUGGAGGCGGUGCCUGAAAUUCAGGUGUUGGCGGAAACUUUGCAAGGCCCUUUCAACACAGCAGGGCUUUUGAACAUGGGGAAGGACGAAGCCUCGCUGGAAGAUAUCCUGUCUUACCUGGAGGACAUCUUCUGUGGACAUAUCUCCAUCGAGACCAGCCAGCUGUCCAGCAUGCAAGAGAAGGAAUGGAUGGCCAAACGGUUUGAGGAACUGAAGCAAGAAGCUUUUACUACCGAAGAGAAAAAGUAUUUGUCCAAGAUCAUGCUAGAAUCUCAGGAGUUUGAUCGCUUCCUGGCCACCAAGUUUGCCACGGUGAAGCGCUACGGGGGCGAAGGUGCGGAGAGCAUGAUGGGCUUCUUCCACGAAUUGCUGAAGAUGUCCUCGUAUAGCGGCGUGACGGACAUCGUCCUCGGGAUGCCUCACCGGGGAAGACUCAAUCUUCUCACGGGCCUCCUUCACUUUCCCCCUGAGCUGAUGUUCCGUAAAAUGCAAGGCUUGAGCGAAUUCCCGGAGAACGCGGCUGCCAUCGGAGACGUCCUCUCCCACCUCACGGCCUCGGUGGAGCUGGAUUUCGGGUCUCACCGCCCGAUUCACGUCGUCCUGUUGCCGAAUCCUUCCCACCUGGAAGCCAUCAACCCCGUGGCGGUCGGCAAAACCAGAGGGAGACAGCAAACUUUGUCGGAUGGGGAUUAUUCCUUAGCCAGUUCGGCUCGGCCGGGAGAUAAAGUCAUUUGCUUGCAGGUUCACGGAGAUGCGUCGUUCUCUGGCCAAGGGAUUGUUCCGGAAACAUUUACCCUUUCCAACCUGCCCCAUUUUAGAAUCGGGGGAAGCAUUCACCUCAUCGUAAAUAACCAAUUGGGCUACACCACCCCGGCGGAGCGAGGAAGGUCCUCUCUGUACUGUAGCGAUAUCGGUAAGAUAGUUGACUGUGCUGUCAUCCACGUGAAUGGAGAUGAUCCAGAAGAAGUUCUCAGAGCUGCCCGAUUGGCGGUGGAGUACCAGCGACUCUUCCGGAAGGAUGUGAUUGUGGAUCUUCUCUGCUAUCGGCAGUGGGGUCACAACGAACUCGAUGAGCCCUCUUUCACCAACCCCACCAUGUAUAAAAUAAUCAGAUCCCGGAAAAGCAUCCCAGAUACUUACGUGGAGGGGCUGGUGGCCGAGGGACUUACAACUGAGCAGGAAAUAUUGGAGAUCAAAACUUCCUAUUACUCAAAGCUCAACGAACAUCUCUCCACCAUGGCUAUGUAUACCCCUCCGUGGCCCAACCUCCAGGCCCACUGGACCGGCCUGGUGGAGCCCACGCCGAGGGUCACAACGUGGGACACAGGCGUUCCUCUACCACUCCUCCAGUAUGUCGGGGUCAAGUCGGUGGAAGUGCCCGAAGAAUUACAACUGCACAACCAUAUCCUGAAGACGCACGCUCAGUCACGAGUGCUGAAGAUGGAGGAAGGAGUGAAAUUAGACUGGGCCACCGCUGAAGCACUAGCUUUCGGUUCUCUUCUGUGUCAAGGUUUUAACAUCCGUCUGAGCGGGCAAGACGUGGGUCGAGGGACGUUCAGCCAGAGACAUGCCAUGUUGGUUUGUCAAGAGACGGGGGAAACCUACAUCCCUUUGAACCACAUGUCUGCAGAUCAGAAGGGCUUCCUUGAGGUGAGCAACAGCCCCCUGUCGGAAGAAGCGGUGCUGGGCUUUGAGUACGGGAUGAGUAUCGACAGCCCCAACCUCUUGCCCGUUUGGGAGGCUCAGUUUGGGGAUUUCUUCAACGGAGCCCAGAUCAUCUUUGAUACCUUUAUCUCUGGAGGAGAAGCCAAGUGGCUCCUGCAGAGCGGACUGGUGGUUCUCCUUCCACACGGCUAUGACGGGGCUGGACCGGAACAUUCUUCGUGUCGGGUCGAACGAUUCCUGCAGAUGUGUGAUAGCUCAGAGGAAGGGAUCGACGGCGACCACGUAAAUAUGUCCGUGGUCCAUCCAACCACCCCGGCGCAAUAUUUCCAUUUACUUCGGAGGCAGAUGGUUCGAAACUUCCGGAAACCCCUCAUUGUGGUGUCGCCCAAAACUCUCCUUCGCUUACCUACUGCCGUGUCAAGCUUACUAGAAAUGGCUCCUGGAACCACGUUCAGGCCUGUCAUUGGUGAUUCAACAGUAGAUCCUAAAAGCGUCAGCAAGGUGGUUCUGUGUUCUGGCAAACAUUAUUACACUUUGGCCAAACACCGAGAGCUGCUUGAAGAAAAGAAGCCCAACACUGCCAUUGUGAGGUUGGAAGAAUUGUGUCCUUUCCCUCUCGAAGCUCUGCAACAAGAGAUGAACAAGUUCACUAACGCCAAAGCUUUCGUCUGGAGCCAGGAAGAACCUCAGAACAUGGGGCCCUGGACAUUCGUCUCCCCAAGGUUUGAAAAGCAACUGGCUUGCAAGCUCUGCCUUGUCAGCCGACCCGCCUUACCAGCUCCCGCUGUGGGCAUCGGAGUUUUGCACCAGAAACAGCAACAAAACCUCCUCACCGAAACAUUUGCUUGAAGACUUAACCCACCGUGGGACUUUUGCUGUUAACAACGAGGCCUGGAAAGCCAAAAUAUCCGAAACUCAAAAAGACGCUUUUACUAUUGAGGUCUAACCUGCUGCCGAAAUGAAUUUGGCCGAACCGGAGUUAUCAAACGGGAGUUUUCCCUCUUCCUUUUCCUGCAGCAGAUGUCAAAUCCUGCCAAGGGAAGUACCUGGGAUUUGAACCUGUUUACAUUUCUCCGCCUUCGCACCGAUGGGUGAGCGUGGGGAACAGACCAACGUUUUUCAUCGGUACAAUGAUUGUUAUAGAAGUUCUUAAAUUGUAUUACAACGCAGCAGGAGAGAUCUGGUUUGCUGGCUUGCCUCAGAAUCAAACUGCAGGAUUUAAUUUUAAUUUUAUUUUUCAUAAAAAAACAAAUGUCCCAGGAUGAAUUUCUCAAAGAAUUUCUUAAAGUAGCUUUUCUGAGACUACGGAAUAACGUAUUUAUUACAGUUGAUUUGCCUUUGACAACAAUGUUAGAUAGUAUUUGUAAACCACAGUAAAUCAGGGAAUUUUUAAAUACGCAGGGAUUACUGUACACAUAGUUCUGAUUACUAAAACAAGCGCUGUUAUAUGGGUGCACUUUAACCGUCUUCUAAAAGCUACAUAGGCGUACUACUUUUUGCAAAUAAAAAAUUAAAUCUGGGCUAUGUCGCUUUGGAUUCCAGACAGUGGAAUAAUGUUGCUAAACAAUUUUCGUCAGAAAAAAAAAAUAAUUUUUCUGUACAAAUUAAGGUGGUCUAAAUAUCUGGGUGCUGUGUGCCAGCCUUAAAUUUAUUUUAUGAUGUACUUAAAUAUGAAGCCAUACAUUUUCCAUCCAUGAUCCAAAGUAGACAUAUUUUUAGCCGUUGUCUUCACUGGUUCCUUAAAUUUGAAAUUGAUUAUGAAUUAUUAUUAUUUUUUUGCCACCUAGUUAAUGUUGAGUCUUAUCAACCACAUACACAAGAUUUUUUGGGGGAGGGGAGAAAAUUUGAAAUAGAGAAAAAAUAAAUUGAAAAUUGCAAUUGUUUGAUGAAUUAUGGUAGGUUCUGUUCUCACAUCUAUAAAACGGGAUUAAAUUGAUGUUUUGUAUUAUGAAAUAAUGGGAGUGUAAAAUAUCAUUUUUCCUCUUUGAUUUGCUUUGCUUUGAAUGCCUUCAUUGCAUUUUCUGUACCUGCAACCAAAAUGUUUUAGCAACUGUGACAAUUGAUUUCUUUUUCAAAUCUUUUCAUGUUUCCAAAGCAACAUUUAUUGCACUCCCCAAACGCAUUUUCUGUUUCUUUAUUGCCUUGAAAGAUCUGAUCCCGGAUAUCAUCAUGGUAUCUUUCCUGAUUUGGGGCUAAAAGGAAUUUCUCAAGGAUGAUUUUAAGUUUGGAUAAGAGGAAAGGGCCACCAGGACAAAGUAAAUACUCUGUGGAGUAAAGUGCAAUUUGGACAGAGUUCUUGAAUUGAAAAUUGCCACUAAAUCCAACUCCUGUUUAACAAAAAAUGUUCCAAAUGAAAGUGUCCUUGACAGUUGGCUCUCUUGUUUUCUGCUUGAUAAAAAAAACUGGUUUUUAUUGUUGCUGUAAAUCGUUUUGGGAGGGAAUCAAAGACAUGGCCUUGAAUAUCAAGGCACGCCACUGUAAUAAAACUGAAAAAUCAAAAUUA